UGAUUCCUUCUUUCUAUGAUAGUACAGAUUGGAAGCAAUGGUAUGAAAAAGAACACAGAUGUAGUCCAAACCAAACAACCUGUCACAAAUGGACUUGAUAAGAGUCAGGUACUUGUGCCAGGGGAAGGUCAAGAUGGUAGUGGUGGGGAACAUCAUAAAUACAGCUCCAAUUUGUCCAAGAUUCGAGAGAAUCAUCUGGCCAAGAGGAGAGAUUAUAUAAGACAGAAUAAGAUGCCAGAGCUUUCAGAACUCUCAGAGAAAGAUUCACCAGACAACAAUAACGAGGAAAAAGCUGAAACUGUGAUAAAAACUAAGGAUGACACUCCAUCAUGUGAGAUAAAUGGUGAUGUCAUAAUGCCCAGUAUUCCAAAUGAAUUCCUUCAGAAACUUGGUCUUACUCAAGAUGGCAAAAGUUCUGAAGAACUCUCUGACCAGGAAAUAGAGAGUAAGUUCACCAGUCUUUCACUAGCCUUCAAAACAGAUUCCCAGACACUUGAGAAACGUCUUGAAAUUCAAGAACGAUCUCGGGAUAUUGCUGAACAAAAUGUGGACAAAGAAUUACAGGGUCUACGUAUUGGUCUUGAGACUCUCAACCAGAUCUGUACGGACCCUCAAGUACGAGAAGUUCUUACAAAGAUCCAGAACCAUAUUGAUAUACUAGAGAAGUCUACAGCGCGAGUCUCUAGUCGAGCAGAAGUAUUUGGUGCUAUACAACAGGAGAAGAGAAUGAGUAAAGCUGUAGAUAUAAUGGUACACCAUGUUGAGAAUAUUAGAAGGGUACAUGAACGAGAACAUGCAGAGCUAGAGGAAGCUAGGAAAUUAUUACAAGACAGUAGAUCUCUGGCACCGUCAACCAUUGAUUUGCCAGGUGGUGAGAUGUUGUCAAGGAGAUCUGCCUCUGUUUGCCAAAACAGUAUGUUUGGAGGAAAAUUAUCCCCACAAGGGGCCCCAACUUUGAAUCCUAUGACCCCAUCAACAGCUAAAGCAAUUAAGCUACUGAAGGCUUCCAGAAGACGUGUGAGUGAGAUAGCCCUUCCUAAAGUCCUAGGAGGCACUGGAGCUGCAACAUUACACCCAUCAGCUUCUAUGGAUUCAUUUUACACGGAGAUCCGUUCUCCGCGGGUUCCCGGUCUGUUUAGGGCUGGAACUGACAGCUCAAUAGAGGAGGAUGAGGGAAACAUGCAUACAGCUCAUAUCACCUCUGAGUCAAACUCUCUGAAUCCUAACUUUGAAGCAGAUGCACGUAGCAGAUUCCAGGCAGUGAUUGCAUCUACGACAGUAAAAACUGCAGUAGCUAACACAUUACGGCGAGCAUCACUAGAGAAACAGAACCAUGUGCAGCAUGUAACUCCGGCAAACACACCCCAAGUUUCCCGCGAUAAUUCAUCAGAUAGCCCAAACAAACACAUUGAUGUUCAAGAUAAAGAAAAACAAAAGAAUUUAGAAGAAGAAGCUUUUAAAAAGGGAUAUGAGCAAGGUAUGCGUGCAAGUCUCGGUCAAGAUUUGUCCAGUCUACGAGAACAACAGAAUAACAUCAAUGAAAGUUUGGGAGAAAUUAUGGACUCUAUUGAUAACCAGAUCGAAGAACCAAAAAGUCUAAAAGAAUUGCUGACAGAGCGUUUUCAUGAAGCGGUACCAAAGAUUAAAAUAUCUGGUUGGAGAAUAAGAAUGACAAUGGGCUGUUUCUUCAUAGUGAUGGCAGUACUAUCAGUGAUUAUCUCCCUUUUCCCCGCCAGCUCGGCAUCUCUCAUAGACUAUAGACAUUAUGGCAGACCACCACUUUAAUGUUACACAUUGUUUAGUUUUAUUACAUUUUACAAAUUUCGGGACAAGCUUUAUUUUUUUCGAUUGUCUUUCAGACAAGAUUUUUAAUUUUUGAAAUUUUGUUUUCGAAACAUCUUAAGUUAGAUGUUUUUCAGCUGUUGAAAAUGUUUUAAACAAUGAUGUGACAUAUAUAAAAAGGAAACAUGGUCGAAGGAGAAUUCAGUGUUAAUACUGAGGUUAUUUGCCAGGCAUUCAGUGAUGGCAAACAAUUUAGCAAUCCAAUUAUAAACAUUUGCAAUAUUGAUUAACAAUAAAUUAGUAUAAUUGUAGAAGUGAGUUGUAUGCGGUGUAAUCUUUAGUCAUCCAGAAUUUUAUCCUGGACAUAAGUUUCUAUUGUUCUUACAAACUUUCUGUUUAACUACAUAACAUUCAAGUUGUAUUUACAAAAUAUCUAGAAGUAAAAAAUAAGUUAUUUCAACUUGUUUAGUAUACUAAACUUGUAUCAUUUGUGACAUGUAAUAUUGAAUAUAUUAUUUUUACAUGAAUGUUAUUUCAAAUCAGAUCUUUUAGAUUGUCUAUAGGUAAAAUAAUUGUACUAAUGUUUUAACUUAUAAAAGCUGUUGUUAAAUUUUUAAACUUUAUUUGUUGAUUAUUGGCACAUACUUGGCAAAAUUUAAAGGAAAAAAAAAUAAGUCAUAAUUUUGCCUUAUGCUUUUCUAAGUAAAGAUAAAGAUCCAAGAAUGUAAAUUACAUUGCAACACUUUCUUAUACAAAAUAAAAUGCUUUUCUUUUCAUGUUUUUUGUUUUUGUUUUUUUUUCGAAACCUUUUUGUUUAAUGUUAAGAUAAGUACAUGUAUUUUUCGAAUGUAAGAACAGAUUGUGAAAUGUUGUGAUGCAGAAUGAUAAAUAUAGGACUGUUGAUGUUAAAAGAAUGGUGCUAUAACAUUGUAUGUUAUUCAAGAACUCAUGUUUUACACAUAAUGUUUGAUAUGGUUAUAGAACAAAACUUAAUAUUGGUAAACCUGCCUCUGUUAACUUUUGUUAAAAUUAUAAAAGGUUACUUAAAAAGUAUAUAAACCACGAACCAAAAGCCUUGUUACAGGGGAUAAAUAUCUUACUAAAAAAAUGCAAUGUCAUGAAAGCAAUAACGUAAAUUCAGUAAAAAGGGUUUUGUUCACACAAUAUUCAGUAAGGGUUUUGUUCACACAAUAUUCAGUAAAAAGGGUUUUGUUUACAUAAUAUUCAGUAAAAAGGGUUUUGUUCUCACAAUAUUCAGUAAAAAGGGUUUUGUUCUCACAAUAUUCAGUAAAAAGGGUUUUGUUCUCACAAUAUUCAGUAAAAAGGGUUUUGUUCACACAAUAUUCAGUAAAAAGGGUUUUGUUUACACAAUAUUCAGUAAAAAAAAACAUAUCAAUUAUUGUAAUAUAGAAUGGCUUCAUGUUUGACAAUGUUCUAUUCUUAAAUCUACUUUUCUCAAUCAAACAAUCAAAAUAUUUUUAAAAUCCUACCGAUUUGCAGUUUGCAUUUUUUUCAUUGAUUGCUUUUUAUUGAGGGAUUUUGGUCUUUUGUUGACUAGUAUGAUAAUCAAAUUAUAAUCUGUUGGUUAACAGUACAACACAACUGCACAUUGUACAAAUUGUUUAUCCCUACAUCCAGUUUCUACAAAUUGAAUCUUAUUAUUGUGAUAGUGCUGUAUACUUUGAUAUGAGAUAGUGCUAAAAUGACUUUUAUUUUGAAAUUUAUACAUAAAUUUGUUAACUAGAAUAAUAAUUACAUGUAUUCUAUAAGCAGGUGUUCUACACAGAAUGUUAACAUGUUCUGUAAACAGUUAGAUGACAAAAGACUUUGUAACAUAAACAGUUUUAACUCUUUGACAAGGACAUAUUACGGGCACUCGAUGAUAUAUACAGCUUCUACUCAGAAUAUCUAAACAUUUCUAUAUAGAAAGCUUGAAUUCUACUCAGAUGUUUCAUUUACAGCUAGAAGGCUUUAAUGUUACUAUAGCAAUUUAACUAUGCAUUCAUCCUCCUAUACAAACAUGUCUCAUAACCUAUCUAUAAAAAUAAGUUGGUUAAAUUUUGUGCAAUAUAAACUUUUUGAACAUAAAACAUGUAUCAUUUUCCAGAAUUUAUAAGAACUUAAUGAUUAUAUCUUAUUAGCUGUAUGGUUUGCCCUGUAUAAGAGUAUUUGGGACUAAAAUGUUGUUAUAAUUUUGAAAUGUCUCUUAAAAGAACUAAAUCUUUCUCAUGAAAUGAUAUCUUCCCAAAAACUUCCUAGAAAAAGGACGAAAGGGAAAUUCGUCAUUAUUUCAAAAUAAUCCCAAUUCUUUAAUGAUGAAUAUUGGAUUUUAACAACCGUACUGAUGCAAGUUUUGUUUGGACAGUUUAUACAAGGCAAUAUAACAUUGUAUAUCAUAUUCCAUGAGACAAUAUUUACCUACCUGUAAGUUAUUUAUUUCAUCAUCUUUGUUCCUCCUUGUUUAUUUUUUUUUUCAAUUUUAUGGAAAUCCAAGAUGUAUGUGAUAUAAUAUAUUAUUACACUGAUACCUGUUGUUACCAUAAUUUGUAUAUAGUGUUAUAAGUCCAUUGUUGUUAAUAAACUGUUCAUUUUAUCAAA